AAAAAGUUGCUUUGUCAAGCAUGAAAUUAAAAAGACCAAAUCUUUUGUCCAUUCUCUAGAGUAAAACAAAAGAAAAUCUAUUAAAAAACAAAACUGAUCAAUCUUAAAGUAUCGAUCGUUCGUUUGGAAAGUUGAAGUUUCACGGUUAAUAGGAACAUGUCCGUUUUUACUUCUCAGGAAUUGUCCUCUUCCAACGUGUAUCACCCAGUUAUGACGCAUUCACCACGCGUCUCCAGCAAGGCGUCAUUGCGCCCACAAAUUGAACACGUUAGGCAAAAGUUUCUAGAGUGCGGGAUAUGUAGGAAUGAAUAUAACAACAAUGAUAGAAAGCCACGCGUCCUUCCUUGCCUUCACUCCUUUUGCGACCAAUGCGUCAAAACACUUGUGACGCGUGACAUCAUAAAGUGUUCGUCCUGUAAAGAGGGUUACGACAUACCCGGGGGCGACACUUGUAAUUUUCCUGUAGACGAGAGUCGGGAAUAUCUUAUUAACUACAGGAAGGUUCAGUCAAAGUCUGGACAAAUCAUUUGCGAAGAGUGUGAUCUAAAGAAAAUGGCUACAAGCCGAUGUCGUGAGUGCUCCCAAUUUCUCUGCAGCGAGUGUACCGACGCCCACAGAAGGACGAAAAUAACCAAAAAUCACGGGGUAUCUAGCAUCGAGGACCUUAAGGAGGCCACGUUGGAGGAGUACCAACACGUGCACACCUGUAAAGUCCCGGGUCAUGACGACCAACCAUUUGCUUUUUUCUGCUACUCAAAGUCCUGUGACAAGCCUGUAUGUGCGUUAUGUGCCGUCAAAGAACACCAGGAAUCUAAAGGCCACGAGAUCAGGAGCAUAGACGACGUUUACUUGGAGAACAGACGAGCUGUUGAAGUCCUGAUGUCGGACGUUAAACACCGACAACUCUCAGCAGACGACACUCUGGCGUCCAUUGAAGAAAUCAACUCAAAACUCGAAUCACAGCAGACGUCUGUUGCCGAGGAGAUCGAUUCUGUUUUCGACAUAUGUCAGAAAAUUGUUGAGAGACGGCGAAACGAGCUGAAAAAUAAACUAGAUGCUAUCGUGAAAGCCAAGAAGAAUCGGUUGCAGCGGCAAACAGAGGAGCUGGGUCAGCACAAAAGAAACAUGGAUGACGCUAGCGAAGUCGCCGGAAGUGUUACCACCUACAGUACGCCGUCCGGAAGUCUGAACAUCAAAGACGUCAUCAAACACCGACUGAGAGACCUAGUAGAAAAGCCAUUCGAAACAACACCUCACGACAAUGCGGAUAUCAAGUUUCAGCAAAGUUGGCUCGGUGACGAGUUUCAAAAAUUCAUCAAUAGCUGUGGGGCCAUAUUGGCAACGUCUGCUUACCCUCCCAACACUCAUGUUGAACCCCAUGACGUCAUCAUUGGCGAAAAGGAAGUUGCUAUGGUCGUUUAUUUGUUCGAUGUGGAUGGAAAACAACAACAUGAAGGGAAGGUUGAUAUAAGAGCGGAAGUGACUAGUCCUGAUGGAAAGGUCACACAGGCUCCAGUGGAAGACUACACGCAUUCUGAUGGCUGUUACAAAGUCCUGUUCCUGGGGAGUAAGACAGGAAAGCAUAAGGGCAGCGUCUACGUGUUAGGUGAAGACAUUAACCCGGAAGGAUUCUUCUUCUAUGUCGUCACAGGUCGAACCCACAGUGGCGCCACCUUCAACAGAGAUCGACUGAGGAGCGUCGCCACAUCCACACCGGUUAGCGGAAGUCGCACCACCUCACCUGGAGUGGAUCUUGUCCUUGGUGAUGUCACAUGUCCCGAGUUUGUUUUUGACACCUCUAUUUCGCAUGAAAGCAUCGAGAUUUCAGAAGAUGCAAAGAGCAUGAAAGCCAAGCCUUUGAAACGUUCCCAUGUUGGAAGUUCCAAUCCUACAGAAUCCGGGCGUCUCCUCAACUACCGAGGCACGAUGGCAAACGUGCCUCUCUACAAGCCGGGCCUGUUUUACUUCGAGUUGGCCGUCCAGUACAGGGUGACCCGACUAAUCCGGCAGGGCUCACUGUUUGAGGUGGCCCUCGCUCGCCUAGGCGUAGUAGAUAAGCAUCAAGCUGCUGAUUCAUGGGCGGUCAGCGCACGUGGUUGUCACGUAUGCGGAAAAGUCUGUCUACAGACCUGGCACAAUGGCCAGCUGCUUACCCACAAUGCCCUAUCUCACAGAACGCCUGGUCCUCCCGGCACCAGUGUGCGCCUGCGCUAUGGAUUUCUUCUGGAUACUGUCAAGCGUCAUUGGAUUAUUGUGGAUGCCAAAUCCAAUAAGAUUAUAUUCCAUUUCAAAAAUCUCGUUGUCUCUGAGCUGUCGGAACCAUUAUGGCCUCUUUUUGGCAUACAAAACUCUGAGCAUAUUAGCGUUGUGUUUCAGCUUAUUACUGGAAAUGACGUAAAUAGCAUUCCCGAGGCCGCAACUGACGCCUUAGCCAUCUAAUUCUAUUUUAAAUACAGUCUCGUUAUUUGUUUAUUCUUUUGAUCGGUUGAGGGCAUAUCUUUAUUAACAUUAUAAUGUUUUCUUUCAUGUCGUUUUGUAAAUGUAUUUUGAACAGUCCUAAGUACAUAUGUAACUAUUUUACGCCUCAGUCAAUGCUUGUAAGCAUAUCUAUGCUUUUUUGCAGUGCUUGGAAUAAAAUUGGAUGAAACCACA